AUGAAUGAGGCAUGGUCCGUCAAGAGGCCCCUAACAUGCUCCAUGUCUCGAAGCUCCAGACCCAACAUAAAGGUCUGCAUGUGCCUUAGCUUCUACUACUACGGGGCCUGGGCGAUGUCGACGGCCAUCGGAUCGUCUAUGGCCCGGCUUCUUGUUUUCGUCCUUGACUCCUCUGGUGAUGAACCAUAUAUGACAUCACAACUCUCAAAAGGCUUCCUAUCACAGCUAUGCCUAGCAUUCACAUGCACCACGCAAGUUGGGCCAAACCCAACCCAAAACUACGGCACGCUUAUCGUGUCAGGCAUCAAGUACGAUGACGGCAGUCAAGUGACGAUCAGUGACCUCCUUGGCGUUAUACUCAAAUCACCAGCUGCUGCUAGCACCAACGGCAUUGUCGUAUGUGCCAAUCCUCGGCGAGCUGUUUCGGCAGAUGUCACCAUGGAGCAAAUUGACGAGUCGACCAAGCUUGUCACUGCGAAACCCACCAACUUGACAAACAUAUACACGGGACUCUUUCUACUCGCCGCCGAAGCGCUCACUGACAUCGACGGGACUGUUGAGAUUGCAACGCUGGCAGCUCCCGACCCGGCGCCUGUGCCCCAGAAAGUCAUGCUGUCCUCUGUACAAGGCUUAGAAAGCUAUUCCGCCAGCUUUCUCCUAGGAGUGACUACUUCAGUCCAAAUUCCAAGCGGCAUGUAUAGAGUUUUAAGCGUAGAACUUGCGCCUAAGGACUAA